AUGAACAUCCACGAAUAUCAAGCCAGCCAAAUUUUAGAAUCCUAUGGUGUUAAUACACUACCCGGUAAGGUCGCCGAAACGCCAGAGCAAGCCGAAACGAUUGCGCAAGAACUCAAUUGUCCUACAUACGUUAUCAAGGCACAGAUCCAUGCGGGUGGGCGCGGGAAGGGUGGCGGGGUCAAACUUGCAAAUACACCCGCCGAAGUUAAACAACAUGCCGAUGCUAUCCUCGGAAUGCAACUGGUGACACCCCAGACCGGUCCUGAAGGCAAACGUGUCCGUAAAGUGCUUAUCGCUGAAGCCGCGGAAAUAGAGAAAGAAUUCUACCUCGCCAUAUUGCUCGAUCGGGAAACGUCACGACUCACCUUAAUCGGAAGCGAAGAGGGGGGUGUCAACAUCGAAGAGAUUGCAGCACAAACCCCAGAAAAAAUUAUUACAACACAGAUCCAUCCAGCCUUCGGAUUAACCGAGUUCCAAGCGCGGGAGUUCGCAUACAAACUCAUCACCGAUACAAACUACCGUUCUGUUAUCCCGAACGCCACCAAAUUGAUUCUGUCACUUUACAAUGCGUUUACUGAAUGCGACUGUUCACUCGUGGAGAUUAAUCCACUGGCAAUUGUAAAAUCGGAUGACGAAUUAGAUAUUGUCGCGCUCGAUUCCAAGGUAAACCUCGAUGAUAACUCACUCUGGCGACACCCUGAUAUAACUGAGAUGCGCGAUCCACACGAAGAGGAUCCGAGUGAAUUAGAAGCAAGCGAAUCGGGUUUGAGUUACAUCCGCCUUGAUGGCGACAUCGGUUGCAUGGUGAACGGCGCAGGACUCGCUAUGGCAACGAUGGACAUCAUCAAACAGAACGGUGGCGAACCGGCGAACUUUCUUGACGUCGGAGGGGGUGCAUCUGUAGAGGCAGUUGCACACGCUUUCCGUCUCAUCCUCGCAGACGAAAACGUGAAGGCUGUUCUCGUUAACAUCUUCGGUGGUAUCAUGAAAUGCGACACAAUCGCAAACGGUAUCGUCGAAGCAGCAAAACAGGUCGAACUCAAUGUCCCGCUUGUGGUUCGGUUAGAAGGGACAAACGUGGAACUUGGAAAACAGAUCAUUGCCGAGUCGGAUUUGAACGUUCAACAAGCAGAGGGGCUCUCUGAAGCGGCACAACUCGCGGUAGCCGCAGCGAAUCCUGCAUAA